GCAAGGAGGCCCUGGUGGCGGCCCUGGGAUCAGGGGUCAAUGCAGGGGAAGAGGAAGAGGAGGAAGAACAGGAGGAACAGGAAGAACAGGAAGAGGAAGAGGAAGAAGAAGACCACCUCCUGGAGGAGGCCCCCUUAAGGAAGCAGCUGGAGAGGCUCAGCCCACACCAGGCCGCCCAGCAGAAGGCCGUUGUCGACACCCUCCUACAAGAGGACCCCUGGCGGGUGGCCAAGAUGGUGAAGUCCUAUUUGCAGCAGCAUAACAUCCCUCAGCGGGAGGUGGUGGACACCACGGGCCUAAACCAGUCUCACCUCUCGCAGCACCUCAACAAAGGCACCCCUAUGAAGACCCAGAAGCGCGCUGCCCUCUACGCCUGGUACGUCCGGAAGCAGCAGGAAGUCGCCCAACAGUUCACACACGCCGCCCAAGACCUGGCCACAGAUGAGGAGGCUGCGGGGGAGGAGCUCCCGGCCAAGAAGGGCCGCAGGAACCGCUUCAAGUGGGGGCCCGCCUCCCAGCAGAUCCUCUUCCAGGCCUACGAGAGGCAGAAGAACCCCAGCAAGGAGGAACGCGAAGCCCUGGUGGACGAGUGCAACAGAGCAGAGUGCCUCCAGCGGGGAGUCUCCCCGUCCCAGGCCCAAGGGCUGGGCUCCAACCUGGUGACGGAGGUCCGGGUCUACAAUUGGUUCGCCAACCGAAGGAAAGAGGAGGCCUUCCGGCACAAGCUCGCCCUGGAUGGCUAUGGAGGGCCGCAGGCGGGGCCCACCUCCCACUUGACCUCUGGCGAUGGGCCCCCGCUCUCCCCAAGCAAAGUCCACGAACAACAACAUCAACAGAACGUCCCAUUCGCCGACCCAGGCCUGAGGUACCACCCGCAGCCUGUUGUUGUCAGUGAGACCGACUCCUUGUCCUCCAACCCUCAAGCAGGGAAUGGUGCUACCGUGGACGCCCACACUGCCAUCCACCAGGUCUCUUCCCCCUCCGGUCUCUGCUCACCCACUUCUGGGUCAGCCCCCGAGGUCAAGAUGAUCUCGGUGCCCGGAGGUCCCCUCCCCCCGGUGAGCACGCUGACUGCCCUGCACGGCCUGGAGCCCAGAGCCCUCAGUCCACAGACUCAAAACCUCAUCAUGGCCUCCCUUUCGGGGGUCAUGGCCAUUGGCACCAGCGACCCCUCCUCCUUUGCCAAUGCUGGGGGCUCCACACUUGUCAUUGGUGAGUCCAGAAGUCCAAGGGCACAAGGAGAGACUGGCUUCCUGUCUCUCUAAUGGUUUUAUUUGUCGUGUCAGGGCAACCAGUCAAUUGUAUUACAUUUCUAACAGAACAAAACAAACAAACAGACAAAACACAAAAUUUGCAAGUUU